CAUGAGGCUGGCACAGCUUGUCCUUGGUCCCACGAUUCUUCUCCUUCUGGCUGGCUGCGCCUGUGUCCUCGGCACCUCCAGCGGGAACCUGCGCACGUUUGUGGGCUGUGCCGUGAGGGAGUUUACCUUCCUGGCCAAGAAGCCGGGCUGCAGGGGCCUUCGGAUCACCACGGAUGCCUGCUGGGGACGCUGUGAAACCUGGGAGAAGCCCAUUCUGGAGCCCCCCUACAUUGAAGCCUACCAUCGAGUCUGUACCUACAAUGAGACCAAGCAGGUGACGGUCAAGCUGCCCAACUGUGCCCCGGGAGUCGACCCCUUCUAUACCUAUCCCAUGGCUGUGCGCUGUGACUGCGGGGCCUGCUCCACUGCCACCACGGAGUGUGAGACCAUCUGAAGCUGCUGUGACCUGUAGAACCCAGCCAGCAGCCUUGAGCCUCAUGGACCCCCUGCUCUGGCAGCAUAGCAGCUAUACCCCCGGACUGAGGACAGCUGAAUUUGGACCACACUGUGGAGGAGGUUACCUGUCACCCUACACCCAGCUCAGGCACAGGGCCCAGAGGUGAUAUACUUAUAUGAAAAGUGCCAAGAAAUAUUUGUGUCUUCACAAAAUUCACACACUGCAAAUUAAUUUCUCUUUACCUUGAAUCUCAGAAUGUAAUUCUUGGAUCACAACCCUCCUCCAACUUGGAUUUAUAAUAGGCCAAUGUUUUCAAAGCAUUGGGCAUAAUUUGGAAAUGGGGCUAGAAGGUCUUUAAAUUCUCAUGUCUUAUAAUGAUGGGUCCCCAACUAGAUUUAUGAUCAAAGUGCAAGAAAUUAAUAAAACCAGUGCUUUAGUCCUCAUGCCCUCUGAGGAAAUCUAGUUGCAAGCUUCCUCAGAGAAAAUACUGUUCUUUGGUUUUAACUGAGUGGUUGCUUGCACAAGAACUAGAGAUUGCUCAGAUUGGAAAAGGGAGGGCAAUAGUAGCUCAAACUGAAAGGAGUCUGGGUUUGGGUGAUUCUUUUCCCAAGCAAAAUUCCGAAAAUACCUUUAAUAUCCUUGAUUAAGAGGCCCCUUUAUGAUAAAAAAAUCAGAAAAUAUGUGCUGUAUAAUCUUAAAAACUAAUGAAACCAAACUCAUGUUUUUAGACUCAUGUGAUGCUUCCCCAAAGCUCUGCCCAAAAUGAUCAGUCACAACUGUUC